GUUGGCUCCCGCCCCACGUAGCCAUCUUGCGUUUCCUGAACAAAAAAGGGGGCGAGAGAGAAAGACAAUCAGAAAAGAGAGGCUGGCCGCCCGCGGGUUCAUGUAGAAGAGCUUUUAAAACACGAAUGUGAGCGAACAAUAUGAUAGGAGCGGGAGUCGGCGGAGAGGAAAACGGGCUGCACCCUUUACUGAGGCUGGAAACGGUUAGCUAGCUAGGCUGAGCGGCUAGCUAGCUAACGGGCUGCUGUUGGUGAGAGGAGGAUAAAGAUAGCUGGCUAACGUUAGCCGGCUAAUUAGCUAACCUAGCCAGCUUGUUUGGACCUACCGUAGCUAGCGGGACACUAGAAGGAGUUGGCAAGCUAGCUAAGCUAACGCUAGUUUGUUUGGCUAGAAGAGUGGAAAUUGGGGCAGAAGGGAAAGAGGGUGUAGCUGGGCAGCUAUAGCUAGGUUAACUAGCUAGGUAUGUAAAUAAACUAGCUUCUAAAUGUGGGUCAUAUGUGGUUUGGAAGUGCAUUGUAGUGAAGACCAUACGAAUUAGACCUGAUUUUACUCGUUAGCUUGGUUGCUAGGAUAGCAAAGAUAGCUAAGGACUGUUAGCUAAACAACCAACCGCCUGCAGUUAGCGUUAGUUAGCUAACUUAAGCAAGUUAACUAGCUAAGCUAGUCAGCUUUUUGGUUAACUUAAAUUGGUUAAAACUGAGAAAUUGGUAGCUAGCUUAGCUUAGCUCUCCACAAAACAAAAACAGGAAAGAGGGUGUCUGUAGCUGGCUGGCUAAUAUGGGUCAUAUUUUGAUCUGAAUAAUUCCCUGUGGAAACACCAGGAAACGCCAGCUACGGAUCUUCUGAAAAGAGCCAGAGAAAGAUUGAUUUCCUCGCCAGAAGAGACCCCUGUAAGGCUGCGGAGCUGGCCAUGCCUGCAAGUGUACGUGCAGGGAGUCUGAAGGACCCUGAUGUAGCAGAUCUUUUCUAUAAAGAUGACCCAGAGAAACUCUUCGCUGACCUCCGAGAAAUUGGCCAUGGAAGCUUUGGAGCUGUCUACUUUGCACGAGAUGUUCGCUCCAACGAGGUGGUGGCCAUCAAAAAGAUGUCCUACAGUGGAAAACAGUCCAACGAGAAGUGGCAGGACAUCAUUAAAGAGGUGAAAUUCCUUCAGAAGCUUCGGCACCCCAACACCAUAGAGUAUAAAGGCUGCUAUCUGAGGGAGCACACAGCAUGGCUGGUGAUGGAGUAUUGUUUGGGUUCUGCCUCUGAUCUUUUAGAGGUGCAUAAGAAACCCCUUCAGGAAGUGGAAAUCGCUGCUAUUACCCAUGGUGCGCUGCAGGGUCUGGCCUACCUUCACUCUCAUAACAUGAUCCACAGGGAUGUGAAGGCAGGCAAUAUUUUGCUGACUGAGCCUGGUCAGGUGAAGCUGGGAGAUUUUGGCUCCGCCUCCAUCGUUGCCCCUGCCAACUCUUUUGUGGGCACACCCUACUGGAUGGCUCCGGAAGUUAUCCUAGCCAUGGACGAGGGUCAGUAUGAUGGAAAGGUGGACGUCUGGUCUUUGGGAAUCACCUGCAUAGAGUUAGCGGAGAGGAAGCCGCCCUUGUUUAAUAUGAAUGCUAUGAGUGCCUUAUAUCACAUUGCUCAGAACGAAAGCCCCGUCCUGGCAUCAAAUCACUGGUCUGAUUAUUUCCGUAACUUUGUGGACUCUUGUCUACAGAAGAUUCCUCAGGACAGACCUACCUCUGAUGUGCUGCUCAAUCAUCGGUUCCUGUGUCGAGAGCGACCCCUGUCUGUAGUGAUGGACCUGAUCGCGCGUACUAAAGAUGCAGUGAGGGAGCUGGACAACCUACAGUACAGGAAGAUGAAGAAAAUCCUCUUCCAAGAGACGCACAACGGCCCCACGCAGGAUGGUGGAGAGGAAGAGGAGGACGUGGAGCAGUACCUGUUACGAACAGGCACUGUGAACAGUAUGGAAAGCUCUCAUUCAGUGCCCUCCAUGUCUAUCAGCGCCAGCUCCCAAAGCUCCUCAGUCAACAGCCUGGCUGAUGGCUCAGAUGACAGUGCAGAGAUGGCCAUGAUGGGGGAAGGAGAGCACACAGUCACCUCCAACAGCUCAAUCAUACACAGACCCUCUGGUCCUGAUAAUAUCUAUGAUGAUCCCUACCAACCAGAAAUGGACUCCCAGCAGCAGCAACAACAACAGCAACAGCAGGCGUCCUCAGGAGCUCGCAGAAGAGCACAUUACCGCAAUCGGGAUCACUUUGCCACCAUUCGCACAGCUUCACUGGUCACACGGCAGAUCCAAGAGCACGAACAGGGCUCAGCACUACGGGAGCAGAUGACUGGCUACAAGCGCAUGAGACGGCAACACCAGAAGCAGCUGCUGGCCCUGGAGAACAAGUUAAAGACGGAAAUGGAUGAGCACCAGCUGCGACUGGACAAGGAGCUGGAGAGCCAGAGGAACAACUUCGGCAGUGAGGCUGAUAAACUGUCCAAAAAACAUCAGGCCAUCCUGGAGAAAGAGACUAAAGCUGCACUGACUGAAGAGAAGAAGUUCCAGCAACACAUUUUGGGCCAGCAGAAGAAAGAGCUCACCGGCCUUCUAGAGUCCCAGAAACGGCAAUACAGACAGCGCAAGGAGCAGCUCAAAGAGGAGCUGAAUGAAAACCAGUCCACACCUAAGCGGGAGAAGCAGGAGUGGCUCGUGAGGCAGAAGGAGUGUCUCCAGCAGAUCCAGGCAGAGGAGGAGGCUGGUUUACUGCGGCGGCAGAGGCAGUAUUAUGAGCUGCAGUGUCGACAGUAUAAGAGGAAGAUGCUGCUAGCACGACACAACCUGGAGCAGGACCUGCUUAGAGAGGAGCUAAAUAAGCGCCAGACCCAGAAGGAUCUGGAAUGCGCCAUGCUGCUGCGGCACCACGAGUCCACACAGGAGCUGGAGUUCCGGCAGCUGGGCCUGGUGCAGCACACGCGGGCCGACUUGAUCCGCACACAGCAUCAGAGCGAGCUUGCCAACCAAAUGGAUUACAACAAGCGCCGGGAGCAGGAGCUGCGGCAGAAGCACAAUAUGGAGGUCCGCCAGCAGCCCAAGAGCCUGAAGACUAAGGAGCUGCAGAUCAAGCGUCAGUUCCAGGACACGUGUAAGAUUCAAACUCGGCAGUACAAGGCCCUGCGGAACCACCUGCUGGAGACCACGCCCAAGUCCGAACACAAGGCUGUGCUAAAAAGGCUAAAGGAAGAGCAGACUCGCAAACUGGCCAUCCUGGCAGAGCAGUAUGACCACUCCAUCAAUGACAUGCUGUCCACACAGGCUGUGAGUAAGUUGCGACUGGAUGAGACGCAAGAGGCGGAGUACCAGGUGUUGCGGAUGCAGCUGCAGCAGGAGUUGGAGCUGCUGAAUGCGUACCAGAGCAAAAUCAAAAUGCACACAGACACACAACAUGAUCGAGAGGUGAAGGAUCUGGAGCAGAGAGUGUCCAUCCGAAGAGCGCUGCUUGAGCAGAGGAUUGAGGAAGAGAUGCUUUCUCUUCAGAACGAGCGUUCGGAGCGCAUCCGGACAUUGCUGGAGCGUCAGGCACGAGAGAUCGAGGCGUUCGACUCUGAGAGCAUGAGACUAGGCUUCAGCAACAUGGCCCUGACCGGCAUCCCUGCUGAGGCCUACAGCCAGGGCUACCCCAACCCUCCCUCCUCUGGCCCAGGCGGCUGGCCCUCUCGCCCCGUGCCUCGCUCAGGCAGCCACUGGACUCACGGCGUCCACAACUCAGGAGCGCCACCCUCCUGGAGGAGCCAGAACAGCACAGCCGGGUUCACCAGAAUGGAAUCCAUCUCGAGUCGCGAGAGAGAGCGUGAGCGAGACAGCGAGCGGGAUUUUGAAAUCCUGGGAUCACGUGGCCUGCCGAGUUCUCUUUCUUCAGCCUCUUCGUCCUCUUCCUCGUCUUCAUCAUCCCACCACCGCCUCCAUUACCUGCCGCAGCAGUACCACCACCAGAGCACGCCGCACCUGUACCGCGAAAGCCGUGAACGAGAGCGGGAGCGAGAGAGGGAAUUGGUAGGUGGCGGAGGAGGAGGAGGAGGGAGCCACCACUCUUCAUCUUCUUCAUCCUCCUACUCCCACGGCCACUCGCACCACCACCAUCUGUCUGCCCAUGCCUCUGCUCAGUCACUUGCUCUGCUCCCUCCUCCUCCACCACCACCACCUAUUUCUCUCUCCUCGUCCUCUCCACCCUCGUCCUCCUCUUCUUCCUCGUCUCAGGGUGGGUAUGGAGGAAGGGGCGAGGGCCUGGUGGUGAGAGGCCCCAGUCUGAUGGCCUUGAGGAACAGCCCAGGACCCCUGAGGCGGACAGCUUCGGGAGGAGGACCCGGAGGACCGGGUGGAGACGGAGGCUUGAGCCGCAGCACCUCCGUCACAUCUCAUAUCUCCAAUGGAUCCCACCUGUCCUAUUCUUAGAGCCACCAACAAAUCAUGGGGGUGGGCUUUUUGCGGGAAUUUGCAGGGGUUGGUUUGGCUCUUUAGUAUUUUGGAGCCUUUGUGGUUAGUAUUUAGCGUAAAUUUCAAAGGUCUUUAAUGAUCUUCAUUCCACCCCUUUAAUAGUAAAUCGGAAGGGUGAUUUACUAUUUGCCAUAGCUGUGACCUUGUUUUUACUUUCUGUAUUGUUUUUUUUUUUUUUUUUUUUUUUUUUUUUCUGAUCAGUAUUCAGACAGUGAGCAGCAACAGUCAUCACCUUUACUUUACUCGUAAGGUAGAUUGAACUCAGGGUUACCAAGGGACUCGGUAGGCGGAGAAUGGAAAAUAUGGGGCUAAAGACAAGAUGAGAUGCCACCUAAAAAUAAAAAGAGAGGAAAUGUAUGUGCUUUGAGCGAGAGUAGGUAAAAGUUGUAAAAGUGAAUGGUGCCAAUACUGUAGGGCAGGCUGGUCAUCCAGUGGUUCUGUUGGGGGCUUUUAUUUUUUAUUUUUCAACAGAACAUUCAACAGGCUACCUCUAAAAAGAGCAGUGCUUGAAUUGCUUGCAGUGUAAUGCUAAGCAAACCCUCAUAACACACUACAUUAGUGACCAAGUGUUGAGAAAGAAGUUUAGAAGUGUCCGUUGAAAGAUUACGUUAGAAUGCCAUACUGACUUUUUCCUUUUUUCCUAGAUGUAAAUAAGUUUAAUAGCCCCCACCAGCAGCUAAAGCGCUGAUCAGAAACCGUUUCAGUGCCAGUGCUAUGCUGUCUAUGUUUGGUACUGCAACAACAGACACUUUGGCUGUGUUCAGACUGCAGGCAAAUUGGAUUUGUUUCUCAAGUGAUCAGAUCGGAUGUGUAUGUUCAGAUAGCUGAAAUGUAUCUUAAUGGUUUAUCCAGAGUGUCCACCUUAAGAUGUGUCUGUACAAAUCCAUUUGUCUCUAAUAGUCUCAUUUGAAUCUAAUAGUAAUCUGAUCAGUCUGAUAUGAUUUGAUGUUUCUGGCUCAAACAUCUGGAUCUGGAUAUAGUCUAGUUGUUCCUAGUUGUCAGAUUUGAGUCUGCAGACUUGUGACCAUAGCCUUUAAACAUGAUUACUACUACACUACCAACGCAACACUUUUAGAACUCUGCAUUUCAAAACAUUUUUGUGCUGGCAUGGUGCUCUUCCAGCGGUUUCUGAUUGGUCCUUUAAGGCCCAGGAGAUGAGGAUGAUGAUGAUGAUGAUGAUGAUGAUGAUUGAACUGCCAAUGUGAGCUUUACUACUACGAGAGAGAGAGAGAAAGAGGCAAUAGUGAGGUGCGUCAGAGCUAGUAGCACGUUUUAAACUUGGUUUAACAAUAUUAACCUAAACUGAAACACAAAAGAGGGUGCUUAAAGUUAAUGUAUAUAAUACUAAAACCGUACUAAACCGAAAUGGUCAUCGAAAUGAAUGCACAUUUGUAGUAGAGGCAAGGAGAUAUUAUUUGUUGUUGUUAUUUUUUAUAUUUGUUUUUUUAUAUUUGUUAUUACUUGCACAGUGCCAUCCAGAGGCUCGACUGAGCUAAAAGCUAAAAACUCCGCCCGCUGUCCUCUUUUAGACCCUGUUUACACCUGGUCACAUCGUACAUCUUGAGUAUCUGGUGUGUCAUAAAAUUGCUAGUGUAAACACACACAAGAAACAUUCAGAACCCUUACUUCAUACUGUGAAUCCAGUCAUUUAAACAACCCAGUUCAGGAGGUGGUCUGAGCCACAUUUUAUAGCAGUGUAAACACAUUUUUUUAACACAAUUCUCCUAAAUGCGUUUGACAACCAAAACUACUCCCAUUAACAACCAGAACACUACUAAUAAUUGCUGUGUAACGAGAAAAUGUGUGUGUUCCGUCCAACACUGCAAUCAGAUUUCAAUGCAUUUGACUAUCAGGUGUGAAUGCCAUGUGGCUAAAAUCUGGAUCCAAAAAUUAGGAUGCAAUCAAUUCAGAUACCAAAGUGACCAGGUGUAAAAAUGGGGUCUUAGGCUGGCUUCCAAAUAGUCUGUACUCACUUGUAGAACAAGACAACUCAUUUUUUUAAAUAAAUCGUGAUUAGCGUAAUAGUAAUUAGUUCAUAGGACUGGUAUUCUCCGCUUCUUUUUCUAACCUGUUGUAUUUGGAAAGCCAUUCAGAGGGCAGUAUCUACCUAUAUAUGACUAUAUUAUAUUACAGCUCAUCCUAGUCAAUCAAAUCUCCUUGUCUCUGUCUACAAAGGCAGAUGUAUAUGUGAUGUACAUGUCAAUAAGCGAGCUGAUCAGUGCAGUUCAGUGCAUCGAACCCUAAUGUACAGAGGCCAUUUGUAUACGAAGCGUACACACAGCACAUUUAUAUAUGAGUGAGUAUAUAUGUGUAUUAUACCUGUCAAAAGAGGACUUGACAGCUAGGUUUAAGAUUGUUCACUGUUAAAACACUUUUGAUCUAUAUUGUACUUAUAUAAUGUGUGUGUACAUAAAAAAAGAAGAAGCACUAACUCAGAACUUGUAUAGGAUAAUGUUUUUUUUUUUUUUUGCUGUGGGAACUAUAGUAAUUGGAAAGUAAGGAACGGAGGACAAAAAAAAUACUGUUAUCGUUAAUUCAACUACUGCAGUUGUAAUUUAUGUUGUAAUUAAUUCUAAACUAAUUCUGUUCUUGCUUUUUUUAUUACUGCAAUUUUUUUAAGAGUUUUAAUUUCAUUUUUUCCUGUUUUGCCAAUGUUGACCACUAGGUGGAGAAAGCAAGUGAUUUUACUGUGAUGGAGAACUUGACAAGUCUCGUUUCUAGGGAGGGAGGGAUUGAGGGAGGGAAAAGGGGAAAGACUACCUAUCCCAGCAUUCCUUGUUACGUCUCAGGGUAGGAGUCUGUUGAGCAGUGCAUUGUUGGGAUUGUAGUAUUUUAGAGCCAGUAUUAAACCUGUACAGGACAUUUGAAGAGAAUUUUAGCUGUAUAGAAAAUGUCUAGCUAAUUGUAAAUUGUCAACAACAACAAAAAAAACACCCCCUCUGAUCCAGCAUGUUUUGUCGGACCAUAUCCUAAUUUCCUGCCUGAUUUUUUUUUUUUAUUACGAUUUAAGCUUAUUAUUUUUCAUUUUGUUUUAACUAAAGUCAACUUGAGCUGUUUACAUUCUGACAACCAAAUUCUCUGUAACCUGUAGUGGUGGCAGUAUUGCUGCUGUUGCCUUUCAUAGAUAGCGUCCACAACUUUCACACUGCCAGCUCAGAUCUUCUACACAAACACCAGCGUUCACACUUCUCUUCACAUUCUCUAAAGCAUGACAUGACCACCACCUCCUUGUUUCUACAUGUAUUAUCCUUUGAGCAAAAAUAGGGGCACUUUGUAGUUGUGCAAGUAUACAUUUGCAGUCAUUCUAUUUCUCUGCACACUUUAUUCUCCUCUUUUCUGCUGUUCUUCAGUGGUCAGGACUGUGCAGGAGAGAGAGAUCACCACAGAUGAGCUCUUGUUUGGGUGGUGGGCAUUGACAAUAAGGUGUUUAAAAACUCCAGCAGCAAUGCUGUGCCCAAUCCAACUUGCAACAAUGCAACACACACUAACAUUAAACUACAACCACAAUUUCCAUGUCACUGCAGUGCUGAGAAAGAAUGACCCACCACCCAAAUAUUAGCUGCUCAGUGGUGGUCCUGUGAGGUCUUGACCAUUGAAGAACAAGGUGAAAGGGGUAUGGUAAAGUAUGUAAAGAACAAUGUAGACUACAGUGUGCUCCUAUAUAAAUGAUCAGUGGAGCUAAAAUAAAAUGAUUGGUUAGUUAUUGGCGUAGAAACCCAGAGGUAGUCAUAAUGUUAUGCUUGAUUGAUGUAUUUAUAUAUGUCUUUCUCUUUGCAGUACCUCACACUACAGUUUCUGCCUGACCUCAGUCAGUGUGGUUCGUUUCUUCUGUCCUCUUUUGUACCUCUCUGUUCGUUUAGCGUUUUUGCAGAUAGAGGAGGAGACCAACUCUAAACCUCGGCCACCGUAGCUUCGGCCUACUUCACUCCAUGUGUUUACAGCAAAACGUGCUGGAUUCUUAUUGCCGUCUGUUCUGUAGGGGGUGUUUCGUGGUCCAAGUCUGGGAUUGGAGAAUCGGGGUCAGUCACAAGAAAAGGUUGAGCCUCUGUCUUUGAGUCACAGAAACCAGGACAGUUCAGGCCAAAGGACUGAGAAUGUGUUGAAGUGCGUCCUCGAGGCAUGUGUUUCUAUGUAAAAGUGUUGGCGAGAGAGAAAAGGCAGAAUAUGUGCAGAGAAAGUGCUAAACGUAAAAUGGCCAAACUACGUUCAGGUUUAACACAGAGCAGGAAAACUCAAGGAUUGAGUUAUAGAACAUGUACAGAAACCAUUAACAAGCAAUUAAAAAUGAUGAAAAUUCAA